AUGGCUUCCAAAUCAUCCUCUUCCACCAAGGAGGCGGAGGCCUGGGCCACGCCAGUCGAGGACGCCCGCAACGGUGGCGGAGCGGCGCUCGAGGACACGGACGGCAUUCUGCAACGGCUGGCCAACGAGGCUCCUCCUUUUUACAAGUCUCGCAACCUUUUGAUGCUAUAUCUGCUCCUCAUCCCGGGCGGCCUCAUGCCUGCCGUAACCCUGGGCUUUGAUGGCGCCAUGAUGAACGGCUUGCAGGCCGUGCCAGCAUGGGAUAACUGCUGCAUCGUUGCCACCCCAUUCAUCAGCAUCGUCGGCGACCGCUUCGGACGAAGAGUGGGCAUUUGCACAGGAGCAGCCAUCAUGCUGGUAGGAGGCAUCAUUCAAGGCGCCUCUGUGAACAUCGGCAUGUUCCUCGCCUCUCGAUUCAUUCUCGGUUUCGGCCUCGUCUUCUCCAACACUUAUGCUCCUAUGAUUAUCGGCGAGCUCGCACAUCCCAAAGACCGCACCGUCGCAACAUCUCUCUACCAGACUUCAUGGUACAUUGGCGCCGCCCUCGCUGCGUGGACAACAUUCGGCACAUUCCGCAUCCCCACGGACUGGGCCUGGCGCAUCCCCUCUUACAUGCAGGCCGCACCCGCGCUGAUCCAGAUCAUUUUCAUCUUCUUCCUACCCGAGUCUCCGAGAUGGCUCAUUGCCAACGGCCGACCGGAAGAAGCCAAGGCGUUCCUCAUCAAGUAUCACGCCGAAGGCGACUCGCAAUCCCAGCUCGCCAAUCUCGAGUACAAGGAGAUCCGCGCGGUCAUCGAGGCCGAGAUGGCCAACGAGAUUGGCUGGAUGUCGCUGCUCAAGACGCCCGGCAACCGGCGUCGGAUGCUCAUCAUAAUGAUGCUGGGCGCCUUUUCGCAGCUGUCGGGCAACGGGCUCGUCUCGUACUACCUUGUGCGCGUGCUCGCCACCGUGGGCAUCACGGACCCGCAGACGCAGAACAUCAUCAAUGGGUGCCUCAUGAUCUUCAACUGGGUGUGCUCCGUGGGGUCCGCGUUCGCCACGACCCGCUUCAAGCGCCGCACGCAGUUCCUCAUCUCCGUGGUCGGCAUGUGGGCCGUCUUCACCUUCCAGACACUGUGCGCGGGCUUGUUCAACGAGCAAGGGAACCGCGCCGCGGGCCUCGCCGUCAUUGGCAUGCUCUUCCUGUUCUACGUCUUCUUCAACUUUGCGUUCAACGCCCUGCUGUACUCGUACCCAGUUGAGAUCCUGCCCUACUCGAUCCGCGCCAAGGGCUUCUCCGUGCUCAUGUUCUUCGGCAAGGGUUUCUCUUUUGUCAAUGCGUUUGUCAACCCCAUCGGUCUUCAGGGGCUCGGGUGGAAGUACUAUGCUGUGUAUGUGGCGUGGCUGGGUGUAGAGACCUUUUGCGUGUGGAAGUUCUUUGUUGAGACCAAGGGUCCUAGUCUUGAGGCUAUUGCGGCCCGCUUCGAUGGCGACAAGGUUGCCGUCGAUACGGACAGGCUUGCGAAGAAGGAGGACUCACGGGACUGAACUGUCGGGGUUCGUGGCGAACGGAAGGGAGUCGGUGCUUCGUGAUGAUGGAGGGACAUAGUCUGUGAUCGAGAGGAGAUACUGAUACUGGUAUAAAGCACUUCUCUGCCACUUGGCAGCCAAUCAUGGGACUCGAGGCUUUGUUUCCAGGUUGGUGCCUAGAAUCCUGG